UGAUCCUGCCUUGUGGCUUACCAUACCCAAAUUGACCCCUUCACCAGCCUCCUCCCCCUUAACCCUGAUCGGAUACUAUCGCAAUGGCGGUUUGACCUUUGCCAAUUUCAUCUGCAGCCAUUCCACCGAAAGUUACCUUAGUACUUUGGUUAUCUGAGCGAUUAGGCAAAAUGUGAUGCCUAGGCUUUAAAAGAUGAGCAUUAUGUGCAACUAUUGUACCACCAGUAGGGAUGAUGGCGGGGUUGGCCUUCGGCCGAUGGCAGCCGAAUGAGAUAAGUGCCUUGCAUGGAGACAUCGCAACGCUCCAAUCUCUCAACUGUAAUGUUCCUUUCACCAGGGCAGAAGUAGAAUUGAGUUGAGGACUUCAAGUUCCUCAGUGCUGCCAAUAUCAUGGUCCGUCCAUUUGACUAUUUCGAUCAUCGUCGCGACUGCAAGUACAAGCAAGAUGAACGCGCCCGUCGCAUCGCUUCCCUCCCUAAAGAAUACACUGGCCCUAUAACGCCAACCGAACGCGGCAUCCUCGCCUACCCCAUCUCCGAGCUCGUCAAUCACGUCCACAAUGGCGUCGUCCAGCCCGUCGACAUCCUCCGCGCCUACGGCAAAUCUGCGAUCGCAGCCCACAAGAAAACCAACUGCCUAACCGAGAUCCUCUUCCCCUCGGCCGAGAACCACGCCCACGUCUCCGCCGACGCCAAAGGCCCGCUCGCCGGCGUGCCCGUAUCGCUCAAAGACUCCGUCAACGUCGCCGGCUUCGACACCAGCGUCGGAUACUCCGGCUAUACCCGCCAACCCCUCGCGGACGAUGGCCCUAUGGUUCGCCUCCUCCGCGACGCCGGCGCCGUGCCGUUCGUCAAGACAAACCUCCCAACCACCCUCCUCUCCUUCGAGUCCUCCAACGACGUCUGGGGCCGGACGCGCAACCCGCACAAUCCGGCGUACAGCCCCGGCGGGUCCACGGGCGGCGAGUCGGCGCUACUGGCGGCAGGGGGUUCCCGGAUCGGGAUCGGCUCGGAUGUAGCGGGUAGCGUGCGCAUCCCGGCGCAUUGGUCAGGGUGCUAUUCGCUGCGAUGUAGUACAGGGCGGUGGCCGAAGAUGGGGAAUCGGACGAGUAUGCCGGGGCAGGAGGGGGUUCCGAGUGUGUUUAGUCCGAUGACGAGGACAUUGGGGGAUCUGAGGUACUUCACGAAGGCGGUGGUGGGGAUGAAGCCGUGGACAUAUGAUCAUAGCGCGCAUCCGAUUGAGUGGAGAGAGGAUGUGGUGGAGGAGUUUGCGGCGAAGAAGUUGAGGAUUGGAGUGAUGAGGUCGGAUGGCGUCGUUGAUCCUUCUCCCGCAUGUGCCCGCGCCCUCUCCAUCGCCGCAACUGCCCUCUCCGAUGCAGGUCACUCCGUCAUCGACAUCCCUCCGCCUCCGUCCCCCAUAUCCCCUUACGAUGGCCUCGUCCUCGCCUCCCAGCUCCUUAACUCCGACGGCUGUGCCACUUUCCUCUCCUUCCUCCGAACCGGCGAGUCAUCUGACCCCGGCGCCAUACAGCUCUCGUUCUGGGCGAACUUGGCGCGCCCGCUCAAAUGGCUGUAUUACGCCUACGUUAAGUACGUCAAGAGGGACGCCGUCUGGGCAGAGCUGCUGAAGGGCUUUGGACCGGUAUCUGCUACGGAGCAGUGGAAAUUGGUGAUCAGCAGGGAGUCUUUCCGGCUGGCAUGGCAUGAGUGGUGGGAGGGCGGAAAUGGGCUGGGUGGCAUGGAGAAGAAGGUGGAUGUGAUUUUGACAGCGCCGAACGCGACGCCCGCGCUACCGCAUGGCGCGAUGAAGGAUGCAGUGAGCGCGUGUGGGUAUACAUUUUUGUUCAAUAUGCUGGAUUAUUCAUGUGGCAUCCUCCCUGUCACCCACGUCGAUGCGGAACUUGAUGCCCUCCCGGUGGACUUCAAGCUGAGGAAGCUGAAUGGUGUCGCGCGCGGUGCGUACAAGCAUUACGAUGCAAAGAAGAUGGGGGGACUGCCGGUCGCGGUGCAGGUGGUUGGGCAGAGGUUGGAGGAAGAGAAGGUGUUGACUGUGAUGCAACGGCUGGAAGAUGCAUUGGAGUCGAGAGGGGAGAAGUAUCUGCUUCUGGAAAUUGACUAG